GCCCUGAUUGGCUGCGCCCGGGCCCGCCCCUACCCUUUCCCCCUUCUCCCCGUCCUGGAAGGGGGGCGUGGAGGCCAAGGGAUCAGCCUGGGGCCAGCAUGAGCCGGAGGGAGGGGAGUCUGGAAGACCCCCAGGCUGACUCCUCAGUCUCACCCCUUACCCUCUUGGAGGCCAAGAUCCAUCAGACACGCAACCUUGCCCGCCUCCUCACCAAAUAUGCUGAGCAGCUCUUCCAGGAAUAUGUGCAGCACCAGGGAGACCCCUUCGGGCUGCCCGGCUUCUCGCCCCCGCGGCUGCCGGUGGCGGGCUUGAGCGCCCCGGCCCCGGGCCACGCGGGCCUGCCGGUGCCCGAGCGGCUGCGGCUGGACGCGGGGGCGCUGGCCGCGCUGCCGCCGCUGCUGGACGUGGUGCGCCGCCUGCAGGCCGAGCUGAACCCGCGCGCGCCGCGCCUGCUGCGGCGCCUGGAGGAGGCCGCGCGCCGGGCCCGGGCGCUGGGAAGCGGCCGCCAGCACCCCCGGAGGGCGAUGCAUGGGGCGAUAGCUGUGGAGUCCCACCAGAUCCACCAGAUCCGGGAGGAAGGCCAUGGGGCCUGGGAAGGCCCAGCCAACAGGGAGCUGAGGCUGGUUCCCAGGAAAUAUUCCCAUGACAUGGCGCACUAA